AUGGUACCUCAGCAACAGCGUAGGAGACGACGUCGGGCAGCUUUAGUGCGUACUGCUGAGCGUCGUGUUGUUGUUGCUCGCGGCUCCGGGGGUUUUGGGUUUACUAUAGCCGGGCAAAGGCCGUGUAUAGUGUCCGCUGUUGCUGCUGGGGGUCCUGCUGAAAGAGCAGGUCUUAGGGCGGGUGAUGCGCUCCUUGCAGUAGACGGGACCAGUGUGGCUAGAGCUCCCCACGCCUCAGUUGCUAGAAUGGUUGCGGCUGCGCCCGGUGCUAUAUCCUUAAGCGUGGCGUUAAGGGAGUCGCCACCGACCGAUACGGAAGACACUGAACCUGAAGAACGAGCUAGAACCCGCCGGAGGUAUCCUCCGCCGCGAAGAAGGCCCCAGCAUGCGAUGAUGCAUCAUCCAGGCUGCAACGCGGCGCCGACCACGUCGGCCGUGAACGAGAUCCUGCAGAGCCUGAGAGGCGCGCAGCUGGCGCCGAUGCAGGCGGCGCGGCUGGAGUGCCGCGCCGUGGUGGGCUACCUGGGCACCAUCGAGACGCCGCAGGCCUCCGCCGCCGCGGCGCCCGGCAACGUGCGCAGCGCCGUUAAGAAGCUGAGGCAGGAGCGGCGCCCCGCCGCGCCCGUGCUGCUCAGCGUGCUGCCGGCCGCGCUGCUGCUGCGCCGGCCCGCCGGCCAGCUGCUGGCGCAGUACCCGCGCGAGCGCAUCGUGCACGCGGGCUGCGGCGCCGAGGCCGACCGCCGCUACUUCGGCCUCGUGACGGCGGCCGAGCCCGCCGGCGACGCGGCGCCCUCGCACAGCUGCCACGUGUUCGCCGUCGACCCGCGCCUGGCCGCCCACGAGGCGCACGCUGCCCGCGCCCGCGACUUCCACAUCGCAUGCACCAGGGACCCCGUGACCGAGCGGUGCCUCGAGUUCCCGCCCUCCUCGGAGUACGUGGUCGGCGUCGUGAGGGGCAUGUACUCGCUGCCGUCGGACGAGCGCCCCGGCCCCGCCCUGCAGCAGAUAUCGAAGCUGGCCGCGAAGGGCGACAGCCCGGCGCCCGGCGAGUUCGCGCGCGGCGGCCGGCCCGCCUUCAGGGCGCAGCGCGAGCGGAGGCCGGGUCGGCGCGAGGAUGCAGCCGAGUUCGUCGCCAACUCGCCGCAGCCGAGCAACCACAGUGAGGUGACGACCACGUCGAGCAACAGCGACUCGGGCAUCGGCUUCCACAACGACUGCCGCAACAUCGCCGACCGCAUCCUGGUGGUGGAGUUCGGCGAGCGGCGGCCGGCGCCCGGCGCGUUCCGGCCCGAGGCGCCGCGGCGGCCGCCCGGCCUCGCCUUCGACGCGGACGGCUGCUUCCUGUCGAACACGACGCCCGUGGUGGACGGCUUCGGCGGCCAGGGCCGCCCGCUCGACGUGGACGACGUGGCGCCCGCCGCCUACGGCCACCGCAGCCUCUACGGCGAGCUGGCGUCGGCGGCGCGCCGCCCCGAGCGCCUCUACGGGCCGCCGCCACGGCUGGGGCGUGACAUGGAGCGCGAAGUGGAGCGCGAAGUGGAGCGCGAAGUGGAGCGCGAAGUGGAGCGCGAAGUGGAGCGCGCCGCCGACGCGUUCCGCUCGGUGGAGCUGUACGAGGGGCGGGCGGCGGACGCGGCGUCGGUGCGCUCGAGCCGCAGCCACGAGGAGCCGCGCGAGGCGCGCCGCCGCCACCUGCAGGCCUCGCUCGACGACAUGCUGGUGCUGCGCCUCCACGAGCCCGCGCCGCCCAACAGAGACGACGCUAAUUUCCUCCACCCGGCCAACGUUAAAUGCAAGUUCCGCAAGCCGAAGCCGCCUAGCCUGCUGUCCAAGACGCGCAGCCUGCUGGGCGUCGGCGGGGCGAGGGCCGGCGCGGAGGGGCCGGAGGGGGCGCGGGGGGCGGAGGGGGCGCAGGGGGCGCAGGGGGCGGGCGGCGAGGGGCGCAGGCGGUCGCUGAGCGCCAGCGCGGGCGACGUGUCCUCCGCGGCGCCCGCGGAGCACCCCGGAGCCCUGGCCGCCGCCGCCAGCGAGCCGGACCUGCGCGACCAGGUGGGUGCUCGCCUC